AUGAGUCCCUCAGCCGUAGCCUCUGUCGCCGGCAGCCCUCCUGAUCCUCACUCCGCUCACGGCACCGCCUCCGAUGCUCACCAUGGGACCAACUCCGUUGUCAAGCAAACGAGAUCACGAACCACCAUUCCUACCCAGUCUGGCAAAUGGAUUCUCGGAAAGACAAUUGGCGCGGGAAGCAUGGGCAAAGUGAAACUUGCUCGGAAAGAGGACGGCAGCGAACAGGUUGCUUGCAAAAUCGUCCCUCGUGGUUCAACCGAAGAGCAUCAGUCUCGCGCCGACAAAGAACGGGCUGAUCAAUCCAAGGAGAUUCGCACCGCUCGCGAGGCCGCCAUUGUCACUUUGCUCAAUCAUCCUCACAUUUGCGGAAUGCGAGAUGUCGUCCGUACCAACUAUCACUGGUAUAUGCUCUUUGAAUAUGUCAAUGGCGGCCAAAUGCUGGACUACAUCAUCUCUCACGGCAAACUCAAGGAGAAACAGGCUCGAAAAUUCAGUCGCCAAAUUGCCAGCGCGCUGGAUUACUGCCACCGAAAUAGCAUCGUUCACCGAGAUUUGAAGAUUGAAAACAUUCUGAUUAGCAAGACUGGUGACAUCAAGAUCAUCGACUUUGGUCUGAGCAACCUGUUUUCACCCCGUGGCCACCUCAAGACCUUCUGUGGUAGCCUUUAUUUUGCUGCUCCGGAGCUUUUGCAAGCCAGAGCUUAUACCGGCCCCGAGGUUGACGUGUGGAGUUUUGGUAUUGUUCUCUACGUCCUCGUUUGUGGUAAGGUGCCUUUCGAUGACCAGAGCAUGCCGGUCCUCCACGCCAAGAUUAAGAAAGGGCUGGUUGAUUACCCUAGUUGGCUGUCAAGCGAGUGCAAGCAUCUCAUGUCCAGAAUGCUGGUCACUGAUCCCAAACAGCGCGCCACCAUGCAGGAGGUCAUGAACCAUCCGUGGAUUACCAAGGGCUUUAAUGGACCCCCUGACAACUAUUUGCCCAUUCGCGAACCCGUGACGUACCCCUUGGACCCAGAGGUCAUACAUGCCAUGCAAGGGUUCAACUUUGGAACCCCCGAAACCAUCAGAGCGCAGCUCACAAAGAUCAUCGAGUCUGAAGAGUAUCAGCAGGCUGUCAAGAUGUAUCAGCGAGAACGCGAGCUUCCUGUCGCUAAUAAGGAUGCAGAGAAGAAGAGGGGCUUCGGAUUCGACUUUUACAAGAGACGCAACUCUUCCAAUAGCAGAGACACGCUUACCGGACCGAGCACUGACACGUUGCAGCUGGGACACGAUCCUCUACACGCCUUCAGCCCGUUACUCUCCAUAUAUUACCUUGUUCAGGAAAAGCAAGAGCGAGAGCCUGCUCAGACGCCACCAGCAUCGGCGAACCCCCCUCGUGAAAAGGACAAGACGCGUGAUCGCGAGAGAGAACGGGAGAGAGAUCGGGAACGUGAUCGUGAUCAAGAGCAUCUGGGUCGCGAAAAGAUUCCCGAGAGCGAACCAGACCUAGCACCUCCCCAGGCAGCUCACACCAAUGCAGCUGCCUUUGAAAUGCCGGGAGAGAAACCGACUGGUGGACGGUCACGACCCCGCGCUCGCACACAUGGCGAGGAUGAUGCUCCCGAAUCAGCAAAAUCACGUAGCCAUGCACCGUCGGCCGCUCCGGAAACCAAGGUCGAACAGUUGCAGAAAAAAGAGGGCACCGCUGCUGGGCUACUUCGAAGGUUCAGCACCCGUAAGCGACGCGAGCCAGAGCGUCUGGACAAGGACAGAUCUCACCCUCCCGUGGUCCAAGUCCAUUCCCCGUCCGACCCAGCCACUCCAAAGAAGAGCUUCAGCAUUCGGCGCGGCAGACGGGACAGGGAAGAACCACCGGUUCCAUCUGCUCGGUCAGGUAGCAGCCAGCCUCAUCAUAGCACGCUGCUUGGUCCACCAAUGUCAGCGCGAGGCGCAAGAGAUUCGCGGAAGUCGGGGUUGGGCAGGUCUACCAGCGUCAACUCGGCCGAAAUGCGCCGCCGGGAGGGGGGCAGGCUGCCAAAGGAAAACGUUGCCACUAGUGGCUCCGACCAGUCCGUCUCCAACGAUCAAAUGGAAUCUUCCCAGAAAUCACACGGCCACUCGCGCUCUGCUUCGAUGAGAACGAAAUCCCUCGGUCACGCCCGCAGAGAGAGCAUUCAACGGCGUCGCUUGAAGCGUGAGGGUCUUCAAGAAGCAGAUGUACCCGAGGAGACGGAUUUUGAGCCAGAGCACAGCGGAAGAUCAACGGACCGGCUUGGCAGCGCAGAGUUGGCCAAGCCCGUCUUCCUGAAAGGCCUGUUUAGCGUGUCGACAACGUCGGGCAAAUCCGUACCUGCCAUCCGCGCAGAUAUCAAGAGAGUGCUCAGACAGCUCAAUGUCGAUUUUACGGAGAUCAAGGGAGGGUUUUGCUGCCGACACACGCCGAGCAUUGACCUGAACAAAGUCCAGGACCCCCCCAUGAGCCCAGGGCACACUCCCGUACAUCAUCGACGUCGUUUUAGUUUUGGCGGUCUGAUGCGUAACGAUGAUCGAGACGACGUCCGAGAGCUCGAUCGGGAUCCGCGCCAACCUCCUACACCUCGCACUCCCGGCCGAUUCGAACGUGAUCGCUCUGAUCGAGACCGCAGCUUCUCAAACUCGGAAACGUCGGUGGAUAGCAUCCCCCGCCGAAACGGGGGUGCUGCGAGACGAGUGCCCGGGGAGACGAGCACACAAGUGCAAAGCGACCUGGGCGAAAGCAUGGUUCUAGAGUUCGAGAUCUUCAUCGUCAAGGUACCCCUGCUGUCGCUACACGGAAUCCAGUUUAAGCGCAUGACCGGCAACACGUGGCAGUUCAAGAAUAUGGCAGACCAGAUUCUACGGGAUCUGCGGCUUUAG